AACAGAGCAGUACUGCCUUGUAACGUCAAGUGUGCAGCACAUGGACGGAGAAAGACAGUCUUAGUAUUUGUUAUCCAGUUUGAAAUAUUUACGUCGUAUAAAAUACAUCUUUGAUUCUUUCUUUAAGGAUAAAGUGGUCUCGAUGCGCUAGAAGCACUGUGCCGCUUCUCGUGCUAUCUUUGCUUGUUAGUUAGCUUAGCUCGCUAGUUAGCUUAGCUUGUUAGCUGCUAACAAAGAGACGCGGACGCUAUCAACACAUCGCUAAGUAGAGAUCAAAUGUGUGAGUAAAGUGUUGUGAUUGUGUGAAAAUGUGCGAAAGAACUAUAGCAAAGUAUGAGGAGGAACUUUGUCUUACAAAACUACAAACUACUGGACGCUGUUUUCAAGAAACAUCAAGUUGUGUUACACAGAACAGACGUCCAGCAGCCUCCUCACAUUAAAGAGGAAGAAGAGGAUCCACAGCCCCCACACAUUAAAGAGGAAGAGGAGGAAGUGUGGAUGAGUCAGGAGGGAGAGUGUCCUAUAGGGCAGGAGGAGGCUGAUGUCAGCAAGUUUCCACUGACUGUUGUCUCUGUGAAGACUGAAGAGCAUGAAGACAAACCACCUGAGUCCUCACAGCUUCAUCACAGUCCAAACGUCCAGCAGGUGUCAGCAGAGAGUCAUGAAGAGAUUCCCUCCAAGCAGCAGGAGUGGAGCUCCAGUGUGGGACAGAAGAAGCUCGAGCCCACUCAUAUAGAGGAAGAAGAGGAACUGUGGGAGCAGCUUCCAAGGUUGGAGGAGGUUAAUGACGAAGAUGAUAUAAAGUCAGAACCAGACAGCAUCUUUGCUCCACUGUCAGACAUGGACCACAUGAUGUCAGACUCUUCUGAUCACAGUGACCACAUCCAAAAACCUUUGAAGAGUAAAAAUGACUCUGAAGGUGAUACGAGACAUCAAAAUAACAGCAAACACUUUGACUGCUCUGAAUGUGAAAAAUCUUUUAGACAUAAGAGUAAUUUUACAGUACACAUGAGAACACAUACUGGAGAGAAACCUUAUACUUGCCCUGUUUGUAAGAAGAGUUUCUCCAGAAAGCAAUACAUGACCACACACAUGACAAUACAUACUGGAGAGAAACCUUUUACUUGCUCUGUUUGUAAAAAGAGUUUCCCCAGAAAGAAUGACAUGACCACACACAUGAGAACACAUACUGGAGAGAAACCUUUUGCUUGCUCAAUUUGUGCUAAAAGAUUCAACGCUAAGAGUAUCAUGACAUUACACAUGAAAAUACACACAGGUGAGAAACCUUUCACUUGCUCUGUCUGUAAGAAGAGCUUCACCAGAAAGCAUCACAUGACCACACACAUGAGAACACACACUGGAGAGAAACCUUUUACUUGCUCUGUCUGUAAGAAGAGUUUCUCCAUGAAGCCUGACAUGACCACACACAUGAGAAUACAUACUGGAGAAAAACCUUUUACUUGCUCUGUUUGUAAGAAGAGUUUCUCCACAAAGCGUAACAUGACCACACACAUGAGAACACACACUGGAGAGAAACCUUUUAUUUGCUCUGUUUGUAAGAAGAGUUUCUCCAGAUGGCAACACAUGACCACACACAUGAGGACACACACUGGUGAGAAACCUUUUCCUUGCUCUGUUUGUAAGAAGAGUUUCUCCAUGAAGCCUGACAUGACCACACACAUGAGAAUACAUACUGGAGAGAAACCUUUUACUUGCCCUGUUUGUAAGAAGAGUUUCUCCAGAAAGCAAUGUGUGACCAAACACAUGAGAACACACAAUGGAGAGAAACCGUUUGUGUGAUAAAACAAUCAGGUUUAAGUAUCAGGUCAGUAAACACAAGUGUGUAACAGUCAUGGAAGCUGCAGGGAUUUAAAAACACUUAUAAACAGUGAUUGUGCUAAAUGUACUUUAAAAACACAGCAUGAUUAAUAUGAACGUAUAUUUUAUGUUCAAUGUUGUGCUUCUUAUCUUCUACUCUUAUAUGUUGUCCUGUAAUGACUUUUUAAGUUGUGUGCAUUUAUUGAAUAUUAUAUAUGUUGCUAAAUUUUUAUUCUAUUUUCCCAUUGUUAAAGAGAGGUCAUCUUAUUUUUUAUUUUUUUUUUCCAACACAUUUUCUCCAUUGCACUUUAUUGAUGUUAUUUUCCAAUUAAAAGUAUGAAUUAAUAACAUUGUUAAAACAAUUUGGACCCUAAGUUCGGACACAGAUUCAUCGUCAUCAUCAUCAUCAUCAUCAGAAUACUGGAUGAAACUUUAACAUUACUUUUUUUAAUAUAAGUGUGACCUCAAUAUUCCUCGAUAAUAAGACUAAAAAUAUAGAUUUAAGUACCAUAUUAGAGUGCCUCUUGUAGUAUUCCACCUCGCCACAUUGUGAGAAGUGGGGGCUAGCAGUUGCAUGUUUUUAUCAUGUUUUAUCAGCGAGGAAGACAGCAUUUGUCUUUACUUUUUUGUCAGAUUCAAGUUUUAAUGUUCUUUUCAUUAAUAAAUUAAUCACUAUGGCUGGCAAUAUUAAGGAUUAUUUAUAGAUAUUUAAGAACAAAUUCCCUCUUUGACAGGUAGCAAAAUGACUCCACAAAAUGUGAACUAGCAGCUGACUCAGUAAAUAUUUUUUAAAUUUUCUAAUUAGUUAACUAUAAAGAGUAACAUCCAUCCAUUUUCUACCGCUUAUUCCCCUUUGGGGUCGCGGGGGGCGCUGCUGCCUACCUCAGCUACAAUCAGGCGGAAGGCGUUGUACACCCUGGUCAAGUUGCCGUCUCAUCGCAGGGCCAACACAGAUAGACAGACAACAUUCACACUCACAUUCACACAUUAGGGACCAUUCAGUGUUGCCAAUCAACCUAUCCCCAGGUGCAUGUCUUUGGAAGUGGGAGGGGCCUAUCCCCAGGUGCAUGUCUUUGGAGGUGGGAGGGGCCUAUCCCCAGAUGCAUGUCUUUGGAGGUGGGAGGGGCCUAUCCCCAGGUGCAUGUCUUUGGAGGUGGGAGGGGCCUAUCCCCAGGUGCAUGUCUUUGGAAGUGGGAGGAAGCCGGAGUACCCAGAGGGAACCCACACAUUCACGGGGAGAACAUGCAAACUCCCCACAGAAAGAUCCUGAGCCCGGGAUUGAACCCUGACUACUCAGGACCUUCGUAUUGUGAGGCAGACACACUAACCCCUCUUCCACCGUGAAGCCUUAAAGAGUAACAUGACGGUGGAAAUUUCACAAUAAUUCACCAAAAAUCGGAAAUUGGGAAUGAUUUCUUAAGAUGCAGACGAACCAGGUGGCACCAUGCAGUAAAAAAAAACGGAUGUUUUUGAUAAACGAACAAAAACCGAGAGCAACAGGGAACUGUGAAGACAACAAAACAAACCGCUGAAACCCAGCAAAACUCUCACAGGAAAUGUGGAGCAGACGGCGUCCACAAAAUAUGUGCGUACUCGAGCUUGACAUCAAAAAGGAUAGUCACCCGUGAACAAAGAAUAAUGUCCGGACAACAAAGGUAGCAAGAGGAUCAAUUGAAAUAGUCUUGAUUGCAAACAGAAAAAAGGUGAGGGGAAAUGCUCGGGGACAGAAGUGAAGCUGCCACGGGAAAACACCAACAAAACUGGGAGAGCCACCAAAAUAAAAGCACAGGACAGGAAUUCAAACAUUAAACAGCGGAAAACACGAACAAAAUGUGAACAAAAUUUGCCAGAUGUGACAAAUGGAGUGUCAGAAAUGAGCUGAGCCAAGAUUGACAGGCUGGAUAAUGAGGGAGAAGCAAUCUAGUGUCAUGUCAGCACACUGGGACUGGAAGGCAGGAUUCACACAAUCUUCUUCUCACUUCUCUCUCAUGUGGAGACUACAGUCCGCAUGACAGAAGUCACUACUACAACUACUCUUAUUUCAUUUAAAUGUAUUUUUUACUUACAAAUUAUUAUUAUUAUUGUUUUUUUCAUGGACAUCCAUCAUCUGACAUUGUUAUCCAUUACAUCAUAUGUGCAUACAUCAUACAUCUAUUGUCUGCCUGAAAGAUCAAAAUAUUAUUUUUUGUUUAUUUCCCAACGAUGACACCUGCACCCCUCCGCCACAAAAAAAGAAAGACAGCAAAAAAACGAAAACAAAAAACAAAGUAAUAAUAAUAUUAAUAACAAAUAAUAUAAACAGAUAAAACUAUAUACAUAUAGGGAGUAAUCUUUUUUUUUU